GUUUGAUCAUACGGUUAGAGGAAGUCGUCUUGGUGUACUCAGUAACUAGUGAUAAUAAAUGAAAACGACCAGACAAAAGGAAAUGUAUCAAGGCCGUCUUCGCUUAAGACCAUGGCUGGAGGAACAGAUACGAUCCAACAAGUACCCAGGACUGGAGUGGGUAGAUGAGAAGUCAGGAAUGUUCCAGAUUCCAUGGAAGCAUGCAGCACGUCAGGGCUGGAACAUUGAGAAGGACGCAGGCCUUUUCAGAAAUUGGGCAAUGCACACAGGGAAAUACAAACCAGGCAUUGACAAUCCAGACCCCAAGACAUGGAAAGCCAACUUUAGAUGUGCUCUGAAUUCACUACCAGAUGUGAAGGAACUUCACAACAAGAGUAUCAAGAAAGGAAACAAUGCCUUUAGGGUCUACCUACUGUUGCCAUCCUUUAAAAUCCCCAAGAAGAGAAAAGUUGUGAAAGAAGAGAUGUAUAGUGAAAUGCAAACAGCACAAGACUGCUCAUAUUAUCCAUCAGACAUUCCCAGGACGGACUGCUGCCACCCUCUGGAGGAAUUUAAUGCGGCCUUCUCUAAAUAUUUGGAUGCUUCAAACAUGCAAAGCAGAUACAAUCCUGCCGCCUGCCACAGCAUAAACAGCUACUGCCCAAUCCAAACAAUGAAAACCCAAUCUCCAGCCAGCCAGAGCCUUUCUUCCAGCUUCACAGACAAAGAAGCCAACAAAGUGAGUUCCUCCAUUCAAGAUGAACAUUCAGACACUAUACAGCAGAUAGUCGAACACCUGACAAAUAUGGAUCAAUGGAACGAUUCGUAUGGCAACAGUAAAAAUUCCAAUUCCUUUGUCACCUUUUUUCAAUGAAGGGAUCGGACAGCCAGGACACUCGACACAAGCUGACUUCUCUAUGAGGAAUGAAGUACAGAAGCCUUUAUUUCCUGAUCAUUUAUGCUCACAUUCAACCAUGAUCUCCAGCACGUAACACCAGAGAAGGCGCUGAAUGCGUUUGUACGGUAGAGAAUAACUUUAUGUCGACAGUGAAUUCUCAAGCCUGUGGAAUCAGGGGAAGUAACUUUGUACUGGAAUAUGGACUAACUUCCAACAAGAACUGGGAAUUGUAUGCACCAGCCUGGCCAAACAGAGGUCAGAAAUACCCAAAAUGUAUUAGUAAAGACCAUUCACCAGCAUGAAGCCAGAUCCCAGUGCAGACACCUCCAUCAACUUUCAACAAUACCAGGGUUCAUCCCCACAUCUUCUCACUGAUCCAGUCAGUGUUCCUUGCACCACUAAUGAGUGGCUUGUGUGCAGCUCCUUGGUAACAAAGUUCAUGAAUGGAUUUUCAUAGACAGCUUUUUGAAACGUGUUUGCCAGUGAUGCAGCCUUCUUCUGAUUUUGUUCCUCUUCAGUAUCCUCUUGCCUCUUGGGGUUAUUUUUAUACCUGAGGCUACAACAAACUAUGGACUUUGGGAUUCCGGUUAGCUCAGCAACCUCACAUAGAGACUAAUGCAGCACCCAAUGGCCAUUUCGCAUUAUGAGUCAGCUUUGGGUUUGUGAGACCGUAACACACACUCAGUGAUCAAUAUGCAAAGCAGAUCAGGUAACACUCACUGUCAUUGUGUGGAGAGUUAUCUAAAAACCUGUCGGAGGUUAGCUUAGAAUCAGCACUGAGCACCUCAGUAAAUGCACUGAGGCCAUUUCAAGGUCCCAUCUCAUUUUCCAUAUAGUAAGGCCAGUCAUUUUUUUUUUCUGGAGGAAAAUGUUCUGGAUACAAGAGCAAGCCAAGAAUACGAGGCUUGUGGCUACAUUCUUCUAAUCGAACAUUCUCUGUUUUUAAAUAUUUUUGCUGUUUAAAAAUAAAACAUCACUGAACUGGAAAAAGAACUAAGACUACAAUUUUUACUCAAGUAUCAUUCGUAUUGUUUGGUUUCCAAUUCUUAUAUUGCUUUUGUUUGACAUUAAAUCCCUGAAUCUUUUUAAAUUUGAGCUCAGCAAGGUUCAUAACAGUAUGUUCUCCAAUAAAGACCAUUAAAACUUCUUCUGGGUAGUUCCACAACUUAGCUUUUUGCAUCAUCAAUGUGAGACUAAUUUGAUUGUUGCCCACCUUCUACGCCUGUGUGAGCUUC